GUUCCUUCUAUGUCAAACAUGGCGCACGUCAAAGUGGUUUAAAAUUGGGAUGGACCACCGUCGUCUGUUUCACUGAUGUAUCAUGGCACGAAGAUGACACGCCUGGUUCGGAUAAAUAAGGAGCUCAACGUUAAAACACUAAAAUCAGCAGAACGACAUUUCAACAUACUUUCAUUGUUCUGGCUGGAUGGUCAAUAUUCUAGAUUUUGAGAAAUGAUUGUGACAGGGCAGCAGACUGUGUGGCCAAUGCUUCUGGACUACACACGCGAUGAGUGUCAACGGAUGCUCAGGAAGCUCGAGCUGGAAGCGUACGCUUCUGUGGUUUCGGCUUUCAGGGCUCAAGGGGAGCUCACAAAGGACAAGAAGAAGAUGUUGCAGGAGCUCUGUAAUGUCCUUUGCAUUUCCCUGGAGAGGCACAAAGCUGAGGUACGGCGAGCAGUAAACGACGAGCGACUCAACACCAUUGCAGAUAGAAUCAUCGGCCCAAACACGAUGGCUGAUUGGGCGAUAGAAGGUCGUCGUCUGAUUCCUCUCAUGCCUCGUCUGGUUCCACAAACUGCCUUCACUACCAUAGCAAACAAUGCUGCCAACAUUCAAGCUGCAAAGAAUGCCACCAUGCCACCACCCGCUGCCACUGGGACUAAAGAUGCUCUCACUUCAGUGGGAAACGGGACCACUUCUCCGGUUCCUCAAAGCACUCUGGCCACCACCACCACCACUCGAGUGCCUCGGCCUGUCAACUCUGGAGGUGGCACGCCCACGAAAGCACCUAGCCCUGUGGCUUCUGCCGAGAGUGUCGUCGUUCUUCCCAGUGGAAUGUCCAUUCACAUUAAGGGUGGGCCCGAUGCAUCAGCUGAAGACAAGAGCGCCACAAGAAAACGCAAGCGAUCACUCAGUUUAGAUUCAGUUUCACCUCCGGCCAAAGUUAGCAAUGGUGGCUCAGCACCUAUCGUCACUGCUGCUCCCACCAAGUCUGUGAACGUCCGAUUCACAGUGGCUUCAGAGAAGACCAACAGUACAGUCGCUCCCUGUGCAUCACCCAAGGUGAUUAUUGUCUCCACAGCGGGACAGCCUGCAAUGUCCUCGAGUCUCCUGCACCACUCGACGAGUGUGCCCAUCGUGAAGACAGUCUCGGCAACGGGGUCCAUUGUUCAUCCAGGCCGUUCAUCAACUCUGGGUAGCCUCGGGUCAUUGGCCAGCGCAAUCACCAGCGUCACCUCUAUCGUCACCACUCCUGUGCCAUCUCCAGUAAGCGGAGGGUCUUCGACAGAUGCCACCAGGUUCCGCCCCAGGGCCCUUACUGCAAUGCCAACAUUAAGAACACGAGGACCAGGUGCUUUAGGUGGACCAGGAGCUCCUCAGCUUCCAUCUCCCAACAUUGUGCAUUGUGGGUCUCUACCGACGCAAGGUGGGGCCUAUGGAAAGGCCACCAUAUCCGUUCCUAAGGGAGCUAUCAUGCAGUAUCGUCAAGAAGGCAUGGUAAAGGUUAUUGCUCAAAGCCAGUUGCCAAUCUCAAGCACCAGAGUUAUUCCAAAAUCGCCUGCCGGUGGAGCAGCGGGAAGUGUGACGUCUACGACUGGCUGUGUCUCAUCCCCAAGAGUAUCCACUGUUACUGUCACAGGUAAUAACCAGGCUAGAGUGGUCAACGUCAUCCCUCCAACUCAAGCAGGAGCUAUCCGAGCUCUUAGCCGAAUGCCGGGUGUGACGACAUUGAUGCCGAGGUCCAGUGUCCCCACUCGUGUCGGUGUGGGCCAGGCAGGAUCUCCAAAGCCCAAUGUCAUCGUUGUACACAAGGCUCAGGUGUGGCCCAAGUCUCAGGCACAGCAGCAGGCUACUGCAGUGAGCUCGGCCAAGACAGUGUUGGAUACUCUGAAAGCACAAAGAACUAACAGCACGGUGACAAUCGUGAAGCCGCCGCCCACAGUGUCAAUGGUGGCCUCCUCCCCAGCAAGCACAGAGAUGAAGAAGGUGCACACUCCUUCGGUGCAGCAGAAGAGAAAGCAAGAAGGGAAUGCCAUAGAAAUGCAGUCUGUACAUGCUCCAUCAACAAGCUCGGCUGGACUUGAACUGUCAUCCGUCUCGCAACCUAGGCAAAGUACGCUGCUGGCAGACCUCAUACAAGCAGCUGGCAUCUUGCCAGAUGCGAUAGCGGAGUCAUCGGUCCCACCGGUCGAAAUAGAGGUUGCGAUUGACAGUGUCCCUCUGGAAGAAAGUAUUGUAGUGCUCGAAAGCAACUCUCCAGUUAAAGAAGAAAAGGACGAGGAAAAGCUGACAGAAACAGAUUCAGUCCAGGUCCUACAGAGCCAAGUUUGUGGUCAAGUGGCGGAAUUCCUCGAAAGAGUUGGCAUCGAGAUAAUGUCUCCUGCAUUACCUGAGCCUGUAAGUCACGCGAUUCCGUCGGCCUCGCUCACGUCCAACUCGUCUGAGAAUGCACCAGCCAAAGACACGAACCCUGCAGUAUCUGGAGCAAGUUCAAGCACUGGCAAAACUGGCGCACACGGAGCAAAAAGCACACUCGAAAUCCCAUCCCAGGUCAGACUCGAAAAUCUGCCAGAAAAUGCACCCGAGAUCAUAGCCGUGGUACAGGAAAAGAAUUUGGAAGGAAAUGGAAAACCUGCGGAAAAUUCAGUCGAGGGUCCGGCAGCAAACUUAUCUGAAAGUCAAGGAAGUAAGCACACGCAAAGCCCCGGAGAAGUCUUACCAGUUUCGGUACAAAGUCUACCUGAGGUGGCUGCUGGAAAUCCAGUCGGAAAUCCAACAGAUAAUCCACCACCUAACGAUGGGCAAGACCCACUGGAGGAUUCUGCAGAAAACUCUGGAGGGAAUUCACGAAUGAACGUCGGAGGAAAUCCGUCAGAAGCUGGUGCUAGUGGUAAUGAUGGGUCUUCUACGUUCAAGUCUCCUGCAGAUGAAAAGCCUGGUGACAGCAACAGUUCAGACGAUGAUGAUGAUGAUGAUGAUGACUCAGCCUCUGGUACAAUGACUGUGAGAGAGCAGAAAGAACACUCUGAAAGCAUGGCAGAGGGUCCACCAACUGUUGAGAAGGCAUCGGCACAGGUUUCCUCGCAAGAAGUCGUGGGAACUUUUCGAGAGGGCAGUGGACAGGUAUUGCAAGAAAGGAGCUCACUGCCCCACAAACAAGAAAGUUCAGCAGCUGUAACAACGGGACAAAUCCAAUCAUUGUCCUCAGCUGAAGGAACUGCUGGGGUGCCUUGUGAUCAUGCUAAUGUUUCACAGAGGGAUAAUCAAGCGGGGCCCUCUGGCAAUGUUGCAGCAAGACCGUCACAUAGCCAAGAAGCUGGUUCAUUGCCCGACGAUCAUGCAGCGUCGACCGCGAACCAGUUGGGUACGAAUAGCACGGGUACCUCCCGUGAAGUGCCAUGGAGCGAUGAACCGGCAUGUACGUCUCGCCCUUCACCUAGUAGCGAACCAUCCACUGCUGAGAGACGGGACGGUUCCGAUGAUGACUCGUCUGGGCCCUCGGACACCCAAGACUCUAUCUCAAGUUCAUCUUUUCUUCCGACAUUUUUCCGCAAUCCCGAAGAACAGUCGGCCAUAAUUAGUUCUUCUAAUGAACACGCGCAGCGAGAAGCUCUGCAGUCGAGAUCGCUUUCCGAUGUCAGUAGCUCGACGUGUACACCAGCAUUUAUAAACAUCGCUACGCCGUCGUGCGCGCCAUCAAAUCAUUCCACGGUCUCAACGGGAGACCUUCCAACAGUGCUGAAUCAAAGCCUUCCGGAUCAGACAAAUGAAGAUACUGCUGUAUUGCUACAUGACAACAGGCAGAAUGUGACAUCUGCAGAGCACGAAGCAGACGCGUGCGACAACUUAGUUUCAUCACCGACUCCCGGAGUCUACGAAGGGACGGUGGACAUCCAGAGCGAAGUGGCAAAUAGUAGCGCCGACCAGAGAGUGCCAGAGUUGGAUAGCGGAGAAACUGAGGCUGAAGACUACGGCGAAGUCAGUUCGGCAGAUGUGGCGGAACGCGGGGAUGAAGUGAGCUCUGCGGAACAAGAUGUCAGUUCGGCUCAGAAUGGUCAGGAAGAUGGUCCAGCAGAGGCUUCGGGAAGGGAAGACCUGGACGAUAAUGAGGCUGGACCAUUGGUUCCCGAGCUGUCUGCCGAUGGGGAGGUGAGCACCGCUGAAGGUGAAUCGGACGAACUGGUGGAGAUCACUUGUUCUAGUGUGGAAGACCCACUGGUGCUCCGGCAUUCAGACAGCGUUGAAGGGAGGCCUUCAUCUGUGUCUAGCACUGAGGAAGCUAAUUUCUUGGGUGCAGUUGAGGUAGACUCGCAGGAGGCCUCGUCGGACAACCAAGUUUUCAACGACGUCGGCACAAGCUGCAGCACCAUCUGCGACCGACUUGCAGCGCAGCAAACGGAAGAAGACGACGCACUGUUCACGGGAGUAGAGUCUUCCCGUGACGUUCUCUCUCACGAGGACGCUAUGCAAGACUCUGCUGAGGGUGGAGCCUCACUGGACCAACCCAGUCAAUCCGAGGUGGCACAGGGUUCUUCGGCUGCUCCUGUCGAAUCCAUGGAGGAGCUUCAUGAUGAGGGGCAGGUCUAUGAGUUGCUCAUCUGCGAUUCAGAAAAUGGAGAGGGUCUCACUUCCGUGAUGGUUGAUUCCGUGUCGAGUACUGUCUUUGGUGUCCAGCACCCAUCUCCGACCUACCACCUGCUGUCACUGCCAUCCAGCUCCACAUCUGCUCAAGGGACGUCAUCGUCGCUCGUCCCAUCAGAAUUGUCUCCUGUAGCGGUGAGACUGGAGUCGAGUUGUGCGGAAGAAACGUCUGGACCAACAGUGGCCGACUCCUCUGCUCAUCUCACAGCAGCUCACAUUUCUGAAGCUUCUCGACUGGUCGUCCAAGAAGCUUCUGGGAACAAUCCGUCGGAUGGCAGUGAAACGUUUCACAUGGAAACGUCAGCAUCCUCUUCCUCUGCUUGUGAACUGAUACUCGUCGGCGCUCCUCCGGUAGCCGCCUCGGAGAUUGUGAUUGCGGUCGACGACGACGACGACGGAUACGAGCCGACCGAGUCUUCGGAUCAUCAUGGUGCAAUAGUUCUGGAAGAAGUAUCUUCCGUAAACUCUUCCGCUGUCACAUCUUCUGCCGUUUCUCCGCUGCGGACUACAGACGGGUUUGAAAUGAUGCCAGCUUCGACGUUUGUGUUAAGCAGUGAUGUGGACUCUGCGGGACGUGUUUCCAACCUUUCGGACGUGGCCGUUGUUGUAAGCGGCUCUGCGACGGACACGGAAGUUGUAGAGUUAACGGUGACGUCGUCUGCUACGGUUACGACGGUGCACCCGACAGACGCUGGGAACUUCUCAGAGUCCCAGCCAAGUACGUCGAGAGGAACUGGAGCUCCGACGAAACGGAAAAGACGUGCAGGUUUGUUGGGUGAAGGUUUGUCGGAAGGUGUGCAGAUGUCGGUUCAUGUCUCGGGUUGGGUGAGGUUGGCAUCGGGACUUCUGGAAAGGGUGUGUAAGUACAAAGGCAGCGGACGAGGAAAGGGACUUCCGCCUCCAGCACAGUGGUUCUUGCUACCGGUGGACUGUGACGAUGCACCAGGGUACUAUGAUGUGAUCAGCAGGCCAAUGGACUUUUCAACGAUACGGAAAAAGCUAGAGAGUGGCCAGUACAGAGACCUGACUGAAUUUCACGAAGACAUGAUGCUCGUGAAAAGUAACUGUGAGACAUACAAUCCUCAAGACCAUGAUGCGCGCCGGGACUGCCAAGAGAUCUUUGCAUUCUACCUUCAGGAGUAUACUGCCCUGUUAGAAAAACUGCAAAAGAGUCACCUGUUUUCAUCUCCAAAAAGGCCGAAGCAGAGCUGAGACAUCACAACAUUGUACAGUUCAUUCUCAUCAGAAAAUGUCACAUGUAACAUGACUUCCAUCAUCAGGAGCUAGGGUCAUAGCAGGUUGCAUGUUGUGUGCAUGCAUCUGCCAUGAUAUCUCAGAUAGACACAGUUGGUGUUAAUUCUCAUGGUUCAUGAGGAUAUAGAUCAAAGUAUGGAGGGGUUCCUGUUAAUCGACUUGUCUUGAUAUGUCUCACGGUUCUUCAGUCUGAGGACAGCAAUUCUAGACUCACUCUAAUCCUCACCUAACCUUGCCACACAAAUCACUGCAGAUGGAUAACUGUGUAACUCAGCAACAUAUCCUUGAAUGAAUAUUUACGUUAUAGGAUUAACUAAAUGCUCCAUUUAAGUGUUUUAAUCUGUCCAUCUAAGUUUUAGCAGUAAAUUCAAAAUCACACUCGCUGAACUACUGCAUAUUUCGGCACUUCAAAAGGGAAAUGGCAACUAGUGGUCCAGAAACAAAUUAUGAAUAGUUAGCCUAACCAAGUUGGAAAUCAUUACCUAUAUUUUUUGCAGACAGGUAGCCUAGAAAUACCAUGCACAUUACGUACUUUGUAGUGGCAAGGACCCUAAUGGGCGCAUAUUAAGAUCAGGAUAUAUAAAAAAAUAUUAGUUUUGGGAAAGAACUUGUAGGAGAAGAUGACAAACUUGUUUAGGUCUGUAAAAGGUCGGUGCUGCUCUUCGGUGUCAUCAGUGUUCAUUUGGUGUACCGACAAAUUUAUUACGUCAACUUUCACAUAAUCAGCCUUCAACCGCGUUGUUGUGCUGUGCGUAGUGUUUCACGAUGAAGCACCCCAUCUGUUCAAACAUAAGGUGAUGUUUCGUGAUUCAUGAUCCGUCCGGUCAGAUAUCAAGUAGGUUGUGAGCUGUGGAAACCCGACAUUUCUUAUUGCUUCUGAUUUGAAAAGAGACUCAUUAGAUGUUUCGUCUUCUUCUUUCUGCCAGGGUUAACAUCAACUGUGACUACAGCAUUGUACAUAUUUCUGCCGCAUUGCCUUCUAUUUUUUGAACAUCCAAGCGCACAUCGGUCAUGCCCUCCUUGUUGUAAUAUAACGACUCGCUGUGUGCUUCGAGUGACACGUUGGCAAACGCUGUAAAGAUUGUUUUGAUAGGCCUAAUGGAGAUAAAACCAUUAAAGUUUGAAGAGGUGA